AUGCUGCCCGGCAUGCUCGAGAACCACUACGCCGAGGAGGGGUCGCGCGCCCUCCGCGCGGCGUCGACGCAGCGCGCCGUCGUGCCGCGGGAGCGGCGCUUCGUCGACCAGGACAUGGGCCAGGCCUACCUCGUCGGCGGCUCGCGCGACGACGCGCCCGACGGCGCCUGGGCCUGCAUGACCCACAUGCCCUACAAGGCCCCCGCGCGCGCGCCGCGGCCCGCGCCCGGCGACGUCGCGCCCGCGCGCGCGCCGUCGCCGCCGCGCUACGACGCGUCCGCGGAGGCGCAGCGGCUCGAGAGGCUCGCGGCGGACCGGUCGCGGUGGGAGAACGACGAGAACUGCGCGGCGCUGCCCCGGGGCGAGGAGUCCCUCAGCGCCGCGCGGCUCAAGCCCGCGGAGCACCGCCGCGAGUCGCCCUUCGCCACGGCCGACUUUUCCACCGCGCGCGGCGACGACGCGACCCAGAAGCCGCGCGGCCGCCACCGCCACGAGCUCGCGGAGCGGUCGAACGAGCCCGCGCGGCGCGGCCGCCGCGGCGCCCCGGAGGACUCGCGGGCGGACAAGUCCGUCUUCACGGGCGGCGGCGUCGGCGGGCCGCGCGACGGCGGCGAGGGGCUCAUGUGCGCGGCGCUCGGCGGCCUGGACGCGUUCGCGAUCGGGAACCCGCGCGCGGAGACGUUCCACCUGCGCACGCGGUCGACGAAGCGCGUCGGCAUCACGCCGGCGAGCCACGAGCACAACGAGCAAUAUUAUAAAGACCGCGCGCCGGGGCGCAAGGUCUUCGCGGACCAGCACGGCGGAGGCGCGUCGUCCGUGGGCUUCUCCGACGGCGGCGGCGGCGGCCUGAGCGCGGCCCUGAGCCCGGGCAAGGCGGGCAAGAAGGCCGUCGCUAGGUCGCCGCCGAAGCAGGAGUCGCGCGCGCACGGGCGCAAGCACGGCAACUUCGAGCGCGACGCGCUCGACGCCGGCGCGCUCCUCGGCGGGCGGGAGAACCGGGAGGCGCCGUACCACGACGAGCGGCCCCGCGUGACCUUCGCCGACGCGCCGCCGGCGCCGUCCGUGGACCACGCGGCCGUCGGAGCCAAGCUCAAGCACUUCGCGGAGUGGUACGAGUCGACGUACGGCGAGCCGCCGACGCGCGACGCGCUCGAGCACGCGGCGGUCAAGCUCGUCGAGGAGGCCCGGGCCGACGAGCCGCCGGCCGCGCCGGCGCCGCGCGCGCCGCCGCGGGCGCCGCCGCCGGCGCGGGCCGCGCCCCCGCCGCCCGUCGCCGCCGACGCGUCCGCGCGCGACUUCGUCGCGUGGUACGUCGGCGAGUACGGCGAGCAGCCGCCGCAGCACCUCGUCGACCGCGCGGCGACGACUUUCGCCGUGUCCGGCGAGGCCGCGCCGGCCGCGCCGCCGGCGCCCAAGGGCGACGACCCCUUCCGCGGCCAGCGGGAGAAGCUCCAGUUCGUCGAGCCGUCGCCCGCGAAGCACUCCGGCGCGCGCUGCGGCGCCAUCGGCGACAGCGACGGCGGCAAGAACUCCAUCCUCGGCAACCGCUCCAUCAAGACCACGCGCCCGCCCGGCGGCGGCAGCUCCAUCAACCUGGGCUGGGACUAG